ACUUUCGUUCUUUUGUAAGGUUUUAUCUGAACCAGCUGAUAACCAAAUGGGAUGUUCCAUAUUCGUACGUUUUACAUCCAUGUCAUAAUGGCAGGUUGGUUUUACAUUGUUUUGCUUUUAAUCCCACAACUUCAAGCCCAGGAAACUGCUACUUGCAACACUCCAUGGAACAUCACAUUUCAGAACUCCCUCUACGUGAAGUGGGAUGGUGCGGACAGGACGGUAGAUGUUCAAAUUACAGUAAAGCCAGACACAGGCGAAAAUAAAGACGACACAACUGGAUGCAAUGAGCAAUCGCAUCUUACGUCUUUCAAUAUCAAAAAAUUGCUCAUUGAUCCCUUGUGUUCAAACAAAACGCAUUGGUUAGAAGCUGGUCUAAUCUGCGAAGAUAAAAGACUUGUACAAAUCAAGAAGCUUACUAUCCAAACAGAUUAUGUUGAAACUCCUUAUAAUGUCACCAUUCUUGGCGUCACCAAUACGAGCAUAAAAAUAGGAUGGGAUAAACCUUACUCUGACGCACAAAUUACUGCUUAUGAAGUCAUGGAAUUUAAAACGAAGGACUUUAAACUUGGUGAUGUUUACCACACGCCUACAAAUUUCUUUGAAAUGUUCAGUUUGAGACCAUACACAGAAUAUUUCUUCACUGUCAGAGCAAGAACUGCUACCACUCACGGAUCAUGGUCGGAGAUUGUAUCAGAAAGGACCGCAGUAGGAGUACCUUUUGUUCCAACGGGUCUGAUUGCAGAUAAAGUGACGAAUACCACUAUUGUUGUAAAAUGGAAUGAACCGGAUCCAUUUAACGGCCCUAUUUUGUCCUAUGAAAUAAAAUGGCGAAAGGAGUUAGAUAAUGUAUCUAUCGAUUCUCAAAGUGUUAAUUCAACUACUUUCAAAAUUGAUGAUUUGGAUCCGUAUACUGAAUACGCCAUUCAAGUUAAAGCCAGCACAGAAGCCGGUUCAGGCCCAUGGUCAAGUGUUUUAAGCGUGUUAACUGAUGUUGGAAUUCCUAGCGUACCCACUAAUUUGAUAGCCCUCAAUACAACUGAAAAUAGUAUCUUCAUAUCCUGGAAUGAACCCGAAUUGGCGAAUGGACCUUCACUGGAAUAUGUGGUGUCCUGGGCUAUGAGAGGAGCGGAAAUUAAUCAGGCUCUCAUCAAAAAUGGAACAGAGUACCUUGCAAAUAAUCUUAAGCCUUACAAUGAAUAUAUGUUUCAAGUAGCCGCUGUUACCAGUGCUGGUUUUGGACCUUACACCAAACCUUUACUGGUUUGGACUAUGAUUGGAUUGCCAAGUGCGCCAAUAAACCUGACUGAAAAACACGUCACUAACACAAGCAUCACCAUUGAGUGGGACUGUCCUGAAUUUCCUAAUGGACCCAUUCUCGAUUACGUCGUACAAUUCUUAGAAUCUCCCAAUGGAACGCUAAUGGAGAAGAAUAUCACAGAAAACUCUACAAUACUAGAAAAUUUAAAACCUUAUACACUUUACACCAUCCGAGUUGCUGCACGUACUGAAACGGGAAUAGGAUCUUUUACAGAAGACUUAGAAGUACAAACAGGCGUUGGAGUUCCUGGACUGCCUAUCAACAUUUCCGCUGUUAUUAAUGCAACAAGCAUAAUCUUAGAUUGGGAUCGUCCGGAGAUAGUGCCUGGUAUUUUGAUGGAUUAUCAAGUAACAUGGGGCAUACGUGGAACACCUACUUCCUUAGUGGUAAUUGACAGCAAUACGCACCACUACGAUGCUGUGGGACUUCGACCAUACACCGAUUAUCAUUUCGAAAUUGCUGCAAGAACAGAGGCUGGAGCUGGUAUUGCUGAGACUUUAGCAAUACGAACGGGUAUUGCAGCUCCAAGUUCACCGAGAAAGUUGUCAGUAUCUGAAAAACAUGAUUCCAGCAUUCACCUGAACUGGAUUCCUCCUGAACAUCCAAACGGACCUGAUCUCAUUUACAGAGUGGAAUGGAUCGACAUGGCAAAUAAUUCCGCAGUUAUGGAAACCAAUUCCACUUCUUGUGCCGUUACAAGUCUAAACCCAUCAACAAAUUAUUCCAUUGCCGUUAUGGCAAUGACUCGAGCAGCAGAGGGACCUUGGUCAGAAAGCCUGUCUGUGACUACAAAUGAAAAAAGACAUACAAGAAAUCCGCAUUUUGUUUUGGCUUUGGUUUUGGGCAUAAUGCUACCACUAUUGACUAUUUUACUAAUAGUAGGAUUUAUUAUUGCUAAAAGAAAAGGACUUUUCGAUGACUUUAGGCAGAGAUCUCGGGAAUCUUCUCAAGAAAUGGUACCUCAGAGACCUACUAUUGAGAUGGUAUCCAAUGAAAAGAUUGCAAGGUCCUUUACUGUCCAUAACUUCAUACAAAAAGUGAAUACAAUCACACGCUAUGGAAAAUCAGGAUUUCUACAAGAAUUUGAGGAAUUAAAAAGGGAGAGUUCUGAACAUUCCACAAACGCAGCCAAAAUAGAAGAAAAUUUAAUCAAAAAUCGUUGGGUAAAAAUAUUACCUUUUGAUCACUCAAGGGUGAAAAUUUAUCCGGAUGGAACAGCUAAUCGAUCUAAUUUUAUCAACGCCAAUUACAUUCCAGGAGAAAACCACAUCAUCGAAUACAUCGCAACGCAAGGACCGUUACCAAAUACAGUGAAUGAUUUCUGGACAGUCGUUUGGCAGCAGUCUGUACCCAUCGUUGUCAUGCUGACGCAGUGUGUUGAGCGAGCAGUGAAGAACUGUGAAAAGUACUGGCCUGCUUCAGGAGAAAACAAACUUUAUGGAGAUAUUCGAGUACAGACGAAGCAAGAGACAAUUCUCACUUCCCAUAUCAUGCGAGUAUUUCUUGUACAGUAUCAAAAUCAGCAAAGACAUAUUGUACAAAUGCACUUUACUACCUGGCCUGUUUCUGGCACUCCGAGAAACCCUGUGGAUUUCCUGCAUUUCAUUCGAUUAGUUCGAGAACAAGUUUCAGAUCGACGCCCAGGCCCAAUAUUAGUUCACUGCAGUGCUGGCGUUGGACGAACUGGGACGUUUAUAGCUGUAGAUCGCUUAAUGCAACACUUACAGUCGAAUGAUGAAAUCGACAUAUAUAAUACAGUCCUCGAAAUGAGACGCUACAGACCACAUAUGGUGCAUACAAUGGAGCAAUACGUUUUCAUUUAUUCAUGCAUACAACAAUUGAUCCAAGAUUCAAGUGAACCACAAGAAAAUAUUUAUGACACUGUAGCUUAACUAUCAUAAAGACAUCUUUGAAAAUUUAAGAAAUGAUAUUUUUUAUAAAGAAGAUCUAGCCUUCGUACGAGGAAGAAUUUGCUCAUCAUCGGGCUUCAUUUCAUUAAAGAGUUUUCAGCCAACUGAUUGAGGAAAAAAAAAAAAAAAAAAUAGUCUUUUAGUGCAGAGGUGAUGGAAUGCGCUGUUAAAUAAAUGACGUGGAACUGUAAUUUCAUCGCAUCUCUGAAUUUCGAAUCACCCAACUUGCGCCUAAAGAUGUGUCUAUUCGUCUUUUCAUCAAAUUAUGACGGUUAUGAAUAAUUCAACACCAUUUAAAGCACCUUCAUUAACGACACUCAAAAAUGUUACUUGCUGAAGAUUUUAACCAAAUAUUUGAUAAAGACUUUAAAGAAAAUGUUCCAUCGUGUCAGAAGCCAUUUUGUUAAAAUCUUUGAUAUCCUAUGGUUGUGUAAUGGAUAAUAACAUGUUGUGAUGGUAGUAAUACAUGCAUACAUACAAUGAGUUUUCUUAUAAUUAUCAUAUCAUGAAUAAAUUUAUCAUUUUUAUUUUCUUUCUAAACGCCUUCAUUUAAUUUUACUCUUUUUCCUAUUUUUAAAGAUGGAAG